AGUCGCAUGAAGCCCUCAACCACAUUUCACCCCAACUUUCCCACAAUUCACCGAACACUCGCCCAAGUACCACUACCACUCUCUCCCUCUCUCUAGAUACUCUCUCUCUACCAUGGCUUCCGCCCACCACCACCAUGCCUCCUCCUCCUCUUCCAAGCGUCCCAAAAUGGACUCGCUUUCCCUCCCUCCACCCCAUCCCCAUUCUCAACCCCUCAAAAUCCCUAACACCACCACUCGAAUUGGCGACAAAAACCCUAACCCCACCACCACCACCACCAUCCCCAACGCCACCUCGCCCACCCCCUCUCUCGACAUAACACCAUCUCCGGAGGACCUCUAUCUCUCCAACUCAUCCCACCUCUCGCGCCAAGAAGUCCUGAAGCUCCGGUCACACCGCCUCAAGCAACUCUCCAAGUGUUACAGAGACCAAUACUGGGCACUGAUGGAAGAUCUCAGGGUUCAAUACAGGGACUAUGUCUGGAAGUACGGUAUGAGUCCGUUCAGGCAAGAUGAGGAGAAGGGCAGUACCAAAGACGGCUGUGAUGGUAUCAUCGAAGGCAGUGGCGAGACCAAUGCCAACGCCAACAAUCUUCUCUGCGUGUUCUAUGGUUGCAAGCUCAAGGCGAUGGCGUUGACGAACUUUUGUCAGCUACACAUCCUUUCUGACUCGAAGCAACAGCUUUAUAAGCCGUGCGACUUUGUCAUCAAGAGUGCACAGGCAGGGCCUAUAACCUGUGGAAAGCCAAUAUUGCGAUCCACAGUUCCCGCUCUCUGCAGCGUCCACUUUCAAAAGGCUCAGAAACAUGUCACACGGGCCUUGAAGAAGGCUGGUCUUAAUGUUUCAUCAUCAAGUAAGCUGGCUCCUAAAUUCCAUGUUGUAGUGACAGAAUACGUGCGCCAAAUUCAAGCCAAAAGAAGAGCUGCAUUGAGGAUAAAUAAAAAUAAUGUUCUGGUUAAUCAAGAAAGUGGUAGCUGAGGCCUUCUUGGUAUUGCCUGCUUUGAUCUUGGGAUACAUGGGCGAAGAAGUUAAAUGAUGCAAAAAGCAGAUGUAAGAUUCUGAUCAAAUAAAGCAAAGACGAAAACUUUGGGGGAAAGAAGAGACCAGGGGUGAAAGAAGAGACCAGGGGUGCCCUGGAAGUAUAUAAUUUGCUUACCUAAGGUUACGGGGAGGUGGAACCAUGGACAUAGUAGGAACUCAUAUGUGGCUCUGAAAAAGACAUUUACAAUGUGGCUCUAACAUGACACUUCAAGAUGUAUUCCAAUGUAUUGCAGAUGCAUACUUGUUUUGGCUGUAAAACAUAGUUUCCUUUUGUGCCACAUACAGGGUGCCUAUAGGGCCUGAGCUAGAAAGUUUGAUAAUUCUCUUUCGAAACAAACUCUGCAUGCAUUUGAUUCUUUUGGAGAUUCAAUUUGUGAAAAAAGUUAUAUGUUGGAAUCUACUGGAUGGAGGGGAUCACACACUGGUUUGGCAGGUUGUCAAAUCAUUGUUGUUCAUAUUUGUGAUGUAGUUGCCACUGAUGACUUCAAACGCAUCGUUGCUUUGGAUUUCUGCAGAGAUCUUAAAUUUAAAAUUAAGGAUAUACAAUUCCCUAUAUUCUUAAAGUUGAUGCAUCCACGAGGGAUGGUGAAACAGGAUUUUCACUUCAACUUUUCUUUUACUCUUUAAGUUAAUAAAUCCUGGUAAUCCUUCAUAUAUUCAAGAAAUUUGUUCGCAGAAGAGUUCCUAGAACCUAUUGCUGUCUUUAACCUGCCAAGCUUUGUGCUUAUGCUUUUCUGAAUUUUGCUGACAAUGAUGGCCAACAUCUUGGAUUCUGUUGCUGUAAGCAAGCACUUUUCUUGUAAUGACAUUAUAUACACGCAUAUAUUUCAAUAUUAUGAGUGAGUUUUUUUCUGGUUA